GAUCAUUCAGGUAAUGUCAUUCACUACGCAACACUGUCGGACUGAACAAGAGCAAGUGUCUCGUAAAUGAAAAAGUUGAAUAUUAUUGGAAUUUUAUCUGAAUAACAAUGUUUAUAUAGUGUGUGUCGAUUGUGCGCUCGUGGAACCAUGGGCUACAACAUCGGUUGGAUCAUACCGCGGCUCAGAAACCCUGGGAGACUGUGGUACUGUGCGAGUUCCCUUACUGUAGCCGUUGUUGGUUUAUUCAGUAAAUUCAUCGUAGAGUUUCUGAACAAGACAACAGUGUACAACCGCGACGCGCUGUCGCGCGCGGUGCGGCGGCCGCACGACGUGCCCCUGCUCACCGUCUCCAACCACCACUCGUGCUUCGACGACCCGGGCCUGUGGGGGGUGUUGGACACGCGCACGCUGCUGAGCCGGCGGCGCAUGCGCUGGUCGCUGGCGGCGCACGACAUCUGUUUCACGAACGCGCUGCACUCCGCCUUCUUCGCGCUCGGCAAGUGCGUGCCCGUCGUGCGCGGCGCCGGGGUGCACCAGCCGGCGAUGGACUUCUGCGUGGAGCGGCUGUGCUGCGGCGAGUGGGUGCACAUCUUCCCCGAGGGGCGCGUGAACGUGGACAAGGAGCACAUCCGCUUCAAGUGGGGCGUGGGGCGGCUGGUGGCCGACAGCGCGGCGCGCGGCCGCGCCCCGCUCGUGCUGCCCGUGUGGCACGAGGGCAUGGACCGCGUGCUGCCCAACGCGGAGCCCUACCGCCUGCGCGCGCGCCGCCGCCUCUACCUGGCCGUGGGCGAGCCCAUCCACCUGCACCCGCUGCUCGACCGAUUGAAAAAUAGCAACGCGUCAGAAGAGGAGACGCGGCGCGUGAUAACGGAGCGCAUCCAGGAGGAGCUGCUGCGGCUGCGCGACCGCGCGCACGCGCUCAUCCGCCGCGCGUGCGGCCUGCGCGCCGACGGCCUGCUCGACAACCGCACCGACAUCCUCACCGCCGCCCCGACCGCCCCCACCGCCCCCACCGACGCACCGACGCCCGCGCUCAACGGCAAGGAGCGGCCCGAGCCGCCGCGCCGCGACACCGACAGCGAGAAGGAGCUGUAGGCCCGGCCGUGUGGGCGUCGCAAGUGUCUGCAAGUGAUAAACACGCGAAGAGCUCCUGUGGAGAGAGGCGACGUGGAAUAUUUAUAAUUUUAUAUGUAACUUUUACCGAUAAAUGUGAAUCCUGCGGAAUAUCCCCAAAGACUUGCGAACGGAUUUGGAGACUUAGAGACAUAUUUAUAUGCGUAACUGUUUCCAAAGUUAUGUUUAAUUUUAUCGGAACUAGCAUAUCAAGUGUAAGCGUUAGUGGAUACGUUUUAUAUGAAUUUACAUCGUCUGCGUCGGCGCGAGCGAUCUCGGGCGCACGACUCUCGGCUCGGAUUGCCUUCGAUUAGCUUAUACGUGCAUUUGGUCAAAUCGGAUAUCAGCCGGACUUCUCCAUUUAUUUUGCCCGAUAUCGGGAAUAUGCCAAAGUAAAGUCUCAUUUAUUAUCACGGAACCCGCUAAGUCGCUGACCCCUUGCGAACCGCUCCUAGCAUUUAGCGAAAUUGACCUACCUCAUAGAAUAUUGAGCUUGCUAGACCGAGCAAGAGUUUUCGCUAAGCCAAACCCUCGUAUCAUUUUUCUAUUUUAUGAGUCAAAUUUAUUUCUUUACGUAAAGAAAUAUUAAAUGAACAUAAAAUUUUCUCGAAAAAAUCAGUCUUAAAUAUAGAACUGAUAGAAGGCGAUCACAAAUUCCGCGUGAGCUCACGUUCGGAUCGUGCAUUUAGACCGGCGGUGGUCGCGUGUGCGGCUGAGGCGGACUAUUUCGAUGAAAUAUUUAUUGUAUUUGCCCCAGCGCCGCACCUCGCUGUACUGUAGAUGUAAGUCUGUCUGGCGCGUCGCAGUGGUGGGGACUGCGUGCGUGUGUGCGCGCGUGUGCGUGUGCGUGUGUGCGUGUGUGUCCGGUGACACGUCACUAGAUGUUUUAUAAUCGAAAAUUAACUAAAUUUCGAUAUUUUUUAAAUGUUGUAGAGGUCACACAUUGUUGUCUAGGAAAUAUUUUCUUAAAAUCUUCAUUCUAAAACUGUUCAACUGUUGGUGAAUUCGAUGUGUCGAUUAUAAAUAAAUAUAUUGUUAGACGUGUUGUGGAAUUCAGAUAAAUGCGAGCUUUCCGUAGUGCCCACUGUCCACUGUCCCGUUGAACUUUUUAGUAUUUUUACACUUUACCUUGUUGUUAUUAUUUACACCCAGUAAUAGGUUUAGCAUCCAAGUUUUCAUAUAGACCUCGUUUGUUCGAGCAGAAUGUCACUCGUUCGUUAUUGUACUUAAAACAAUUGAAACUGUACUAGUUAUUGUGGUGAGAUUUUCUUUCAAACUCAAUUGAUCGAAUUGAUUUCAAAAUGCAUCGUUGGACUCUAAACAAAAUUGCACUUAAUAUGAAUUGAGUAUUCAAUUUUAAAAAGAUAUUAACGUGUAAAUGUAUAAAAAAUCAUACAGAAUACUUUAAGAGUUCGUCAUAAUAAAAUUCGAGACGUCACGGACUCGUUAUAAUUUGUGUCAUACAUACAAUAAUACCAUAUUUUCUUUUAAUUAUUUAUACAUAAUGUACGGAAUGCAUUCAGUCUCACCAAUUUGGGGCCGAUUUUUGACUUUAUCCAGUUAAUUAUUAUUGUGUAUUGUUUUCAACGUGAUGAGAUGAUAAUCUUCUUGUAACUGUCACUUGGAAUUUUGAAAAUCGGCCCUCAUUCUCGUAAAAAAAGCAAAUUGGUUGUGCACAAAAUCGUAAGAAAUAAAAUCGAAACUCGUAUUGCGUAGAGUAAAUGUCGUGUAUAGUAAAAUUUAUCUCGCUUCUUGUAUUUUCGUCGUGUACAAUUCGUUUUAAGCUAAUCCUCAUAGUGAUUGAGCUAAGUGUGAAUCGUGUCUGCUCUGCGUUGUGGCGUGUGGCGAGCUGUUACCGGAGGAGUGUCCUGCAAUCAGUCAAUAUAACUUUUGUAUAAAAUUGUCUUCCGCACACUUUUGUAAUUAUUAUUUAUUUUUAAUGUUAAGUUUAAAGUACGCUUCGUUUCUAUUUUUCUAAAUUAAGAUAUUUUUAGAGACCGACUCGUGUGAUGAUUGUGAGUGGAUUGUAACACAGGACCAAUUUUAAUAUUUCUAAGUUUAUUCCAAAAUUUGAUAUCAAUUGUAAUAAACCGAGUAUUCAGUGCAGCACAAAUCAGUAUCAUUUGUCGCUUUCUUAAACGUUGAUUUAGUAAAUGCUCCCCAACAUGUCAUAAUAUGUAGUUUAAGCGAAGUGGGCUGUAGUUGGGUUUUAUAUGUUCCUGUGUGCUCGUGCGGAGGGAAGACGGGGGAUGGGAGAGGGAAGGAGGGAGGGGGGUCGUCGAUGUUGUCCAAAGUAUGCGCUUUUUGAUGAAUUAUGUAUGUUUUCGGUAAUAAAUCGAUGGACC